AUGGCCGAGCGAGAGACCAAGAUGUGCAAGCUGCUUGCGUACUUGUUCGCCAAGCCACCGGUGGAUCCAUCGCCUGAGCUGUAUCGUCGACUCCAGAACGCGUCGUCAAUCGACGAGUUGCUGCCAGCGCUUGAAGGCCAGGUCGUCGAUGGACCUCAACCUGCUGCAGUCGCUGGCGAGAAAGCUGCGGAAGCCUUUGCUGAACGCACGCGCGCUGACCUCCUGCAGCACAACCUCUGUGAAGCAGCCAAGGAGAUCGCCGCCCUCCGCGAGGCAGCUGCGACAUCCGAUGCGCUGGCUCGCUCACUCAAGGAGGAGGCGGCUCGCGUUAACGACUCGAGCAACGAAGGGCAGCUCAGCAUGCAGCUGCUGGACACUGAGCGGAAGAGCUUCCUCGCCGAGAAGCAGCUUCUGGAAGCCACAAUCCGAGACAAGGAUCGGCUUAUUGCUGCCCAAGUCGACGAUUAUAGGCGGAACGCUGGGAAUCGUCAGCUGGUGAUCGGCCGUUGCUAUGAGCUCUCCACUCAGUCGGCUCAGUUGUCGGACACCAUCCUUAAGGGGAGAUGGCGUCAGCUCGCUGACAAGGACCACACUAUCCGGACCUUUACUCGCUGCAAGAAAUUCACAUCCUUGGUCAGCGGAUUCCAGAAGCAGAGCCCCUUCCUGGCAGCCGCAGCUAUGCACGGUCAACCGAUGCCUGGCUUGGAAGCCGAUCAGCUGGAGGCAUUUCGUGACGCCAGCAACUUGCUUCGUCAAGCUGGCUUGGGUGUGUUCGGUGAGGUGGAGCAGCACGUGCAGAAUCCGUCUCCGACACCGACUGCCCCGCCACCAAGCCGUCCUCGGGAGGUUCAUGCUCAGGAGUCUGACAACGACUCGGAGGUGCUCGGCGAAGCACCCGUCGUUCUGUCUGUCGAUGACGCUCCUGCGGGUAUUCUAUCCACUCCUGUUGGUUCGUCGAUGCCUUCUACUGAGGAAGCUGUCACCUCUGGAGUUACCGAAGAGGUGGGCGAGACACUGGAGGAUCCAGUUGCUGUUGAGAGCUCACCUGGCGGCUUUACGUCUCGGGUUCCAGCCAAAUCUCCUGCUCCUUCGUCGGCGUCUGAGGCUCCUACCGAGGAGUUGUAUUCUUCAGCGCCCGCCACUCCCGUGGUCGGCGAGACUUCCCCGGCGACGCAACUCGAGGCGACUUCUACUCUAGCAUCGCUGAGCUCUGAGGCUCCACCCACACUUACAACGAGCUCUGUCAUGAUCCGGCCAGCCGCACCUCCGGGCAAGCCUGACGCUGACUCUGAAUCCAAAGAUGGCGACCAACAGCAAGCUUCACCUGGUUCUCAAUUACCCGACCCGAGUUCGACCACUGCUGCCAGCUCUGUCGUAGCCGAUCAUGGAGAUGAAGACUCAAGCUCCGCUGAGUCGGCGCUAAAGAGCACGAUGGAUUCCACCGGCAAGGCUCCUGUCAUGCCUGCAGGACCGUCCAAGAAGGUUCCGGUCAAGACUGCUUCCGCUCCAGCGAGCAAGAAGAAAAAGAGCUCGGCGAAGGUGGUCAAGUCGGCGAAGUCAGCUUCUCUUUCCUCCUCAUCCGCCGCUAAAACUCCGGUGGGCGAAUCUAAGCCUGAGAUUGUGAGGGUCAAGCUCGAGGGUGGACCUCCUCCUCACUUGGUGGACGUGAAAACCCUCGUGCAGCGUGCGUCGAACGCGACCAGUCGGGACUCUCGCGAGUCGAAGUACAUGAAGCGGCUCCGUUCACUUCCGUUCUUCCACAAGGCUUCGCGUCGCUGCUGGGAGAAGAUAUUUGCGUCGUGUGUGCCGAUUGCGGUCACUGAGAAGACGGCUGACGGUGUUCGAAUCCAGCCUACGCCCAUCAGCUUGACUGGCCUUCACGCUUUCGCUAAGGUUGACGACCCCAACCACCCUUGGCGGGCGAUUUUCCGGCUUCUUCCUAGGAGCAUGGUCUUCGUUGACGACACAGUGCUCAAUGUGUUCCCUCCCGUGGAGAAAGGAAAGAGAUCGCGGAAAGCAGGGACGGUCCUGGAAGCGUUAAGUCUCGCUUUAUGUCGGUCUCGUGGCGUCCGUCUACAUCUGGCUCGCCGAGGCAUGGUUGGCCUCCCAGCAGACUGCCGAACUCGACGAGGAGUUCACCCAGCUGUGGUUGAAGUUGAAGGAGUAUAUCCACGAACGUAA